AUGGCGUCUGCAGAGACCUUGUCACACCCUCGUGCCACCAGCCCCAGUGACCAGGUCAUCCUCACAAGCCCCGAGGCCAUGAGACUCCUGAGACCCGUCCCAGAGUCCACAGGACAUCGCUGCGAGUUAACGUGUAACCAUGUGCCUUCCCCUUCAUCCCCCAAAGCCACCAGCGCCCAGGCAGAGGCCCUGCACGCCGCCAGUGGGCUCAGCCUCUUCUUCCUCACCUGCACCGUCUACUUUGUGCUCUGGAUCCCUGACGACCCACCAUCCCCACUCGGUGCCCUGGUCAAAUGCCUGCCUGUCCUCAGCCUGGCUGUGAGGCUGCGGGCUGUGGAGCAGGCAGGAGCAGCCCCCACCCUUGGGCUCCGCGGGGUGGUGGAGGCCGAGGGCACAAGGAGGAGUGGCUGGGGUCCAGAGGGCUUCCGGGGCACCGCCCUCACCGGGCGCCCCCUGCUCCUCGCAGGCAUGGCCGCCUUCGCCGCAGCCCAUCUCCUCUACCUGAUGGUCCUCGGACUCUCCCCGCUGCGGCCGGCCACGCUGCUGCCCGUUGCCCUGGCCUGCGGCCCGUACUGUGGCCUGCUGCUGCCACACUUGCCCCCAGACAUGGUCCUGCCCGUGGCGGCCUACGCCAUCUUGCUGGCCGCCAUGCUGUGGCGUGGCCUAGUCCGGGGCGGCAGUGCCGGCCUGGGGGCCCUGCUCUUCACGGUCUCGGACUCCGUGCUGGCCUGGGACACCUUCUCGCAGCCCCUGCCCAAUGCCCGCCUGGUGGUCAUGACCACCUACUAUGCAGCUCAGGCCCUCCUCGCUCUGUCAGCCAUCAGAGGCCCGAGAUGCAAAACGAACUGA